GUGUGUUGGUGUGUUAAUGAAUAAAUGAGAUAUGGUAAACAAACUGGAACCGCGAAAAACGGUUUAGUUUCCGAUUAGUCUUUGAUGUAAGUUAUAUGACUAUAUUGACUCAAAUGAAUUUCAUCAUAAUUAAAUCCACAUCUAACACUAUAUUCUUUUUUAAGUCGCUAAACAUUAAAUGCAAUCGCCAACUGUUGUACAUGUGUUUUUUUACCACGGAAUCACCCAAUAUGCUUGCGCUCGAGGGAUGCAAAUACAUCCUGGUCAAUGGUGAUUGCAUAACAUCAAUGGGAACGUCAAUAGUAUUUCCAUAACAAUGGGAAGCCUUAUUGACGAUGAUAUUGGAUCAGACUAGCCUGCUGAAGACACACAGUCCGAUCUUCUUUCUUAUCUGUAUUGUUACUCUACUCAAGGCGCUGGACUUAGUCCUUCGUAUCAACACAGGUAUUCGACGGGGGCCAAUGCUUUAUGGGUGUAAGGAUGGAGAAAGAACGCAAUAAAUAAUCAAUAUCUCCUUCUAUAUAUGAGUAUAUUUUGUCUUCAUGUACUGCGUGUAGCAUUAUGGCAUUUUAAAGUGUCGUUCAUAACUCCUUGAAGUAAUCUUGGUCCCGCUAUAUUGUCAUCAGUUCUCCAUCCUUUUCAAGAAGGAAUCAUUCAUGGAGCUUUACAGAUAGUGAUGUUAUAUUAAUGUUCACCUGUUAGACUAUAGACGUGGAUUCUCCAGAUUGAACACCAGCCAGGGCCUAAUGAAGAUGAUACGGGGAAGGUUUAUGCGUCGAUGGGGUGUGGUAACUCUCAUCAUGGUUUGCUUUGUCUACAUGGCAGUAUACCUUUCAACAACCCAGACAUUUGAUGUAAGCAUCAGCUUGGAAAAACCACACAAAAACAUCCCACCUCCGUUUCCAUGGGAACAUCCUGACAACGCUCAAGCAGAUGGAGCAGCAGGACUAUUUUCUAAUCGGGCAAUUCGUGAGCAUCAUGACUCUCUUCAAAAUCUCACCGAGAAGCCAAAGGCGGAGGUCGUUGAUCAGAAAUCUGAAAAAGAUGACAAUGAGAUGAAUGAAGAAGCGAAUGAAAAUAAUAACACCAUAGAUCAGUUCAUGUCAAUACAAAGUGAAAUCAACAGAUUGAGAGGAGAGAUGACAGAUCAAAGCUGUGCCAAGUAUCCUGAAUUGAGUCGAGGCGCCAUCACAGACAAUACAUAUCGCCAUAUAUACGUUAAUGACAAACAUAAACUUCUUUAUUGUUUCGUCCCUAAAGUUGGUUGUAGCAAUUGGAAGAGGGUGAUGAUGAUUCUGAAUGGGAGCAAGAAAAAGUUAAGUGAGAUUUCAUCUGAUGAAGUCCACUUUAACAACGGCAUGAAACGCCUUGCUGGAUUCACACCCCGAGAUCGACAACAGAAAUUGGAAACAUACAAGAAGUUCAUUUAUGUGCGCAACCCAUUCGUGCGUUUGCUAUCAGCAUUCAACAAUAAAUAUGGGAAUAUUAUUCAGUACCGAAAGGAUAAAUACUUCCAGGGUUUUGCAAAAACCAUCAUGAAACAAUUCAGACCACAUGCAACAUCGAGAGAGCUAAGAACGGGUGAAAACAUAACUUGGACAGAAUUUGUAAAAUUUUUGACGCAACCCAAGCGGCCAUUCUUUGACGACCAUUGGGAAGAAAUGUUCAAAAUAUGUGCACCGUGUAAGAUUAAAUACGAUUACGUAGGCAAUCUAGAAACGGUCGCAGAUGACGCAAAAUACAUGCUAACCGAUUUGCAGUUAGACUCGUUUGUUGAAUAUCCGUCAAAAAGUAAUAGUCACCCCACGAACAGCACUGAAACGUUUGAAAAAGCCUUCCGGAUCUUGCCAAAGGACAAUUUACAGAAACUGUGGAAGAUUUAUGAAAAGGAUUUUGAAAUAUUCGGCUUCCCGAAACCGAAAUUCAUCGAAGAACUUUGAACUGAAAAAAGGAGAUAAAAAAGAUGUAUUCAUGGUAUGAAACUUAAAUCGAUAGCUUUGGUGAUAAUGAUGUAAUUUCCUGCGUUGUGCUCUUCGUUACCAAUAUACUAGUGUACGUAUAGGAGCCUUGGAACAUGUCAAUUAAAAUACGCAUAUAAUCUUCAUCGGAAAAAGGAACGUUCAUGACGCCACACAAACUUUUGGGGACAGAAUUUACAAAAGUACCAUUUUCGCAUGUGGGUUGUAUCAAGAGCAUCAAUUGUAGAAAGGGUGCCCAGAAAUCGGUAAAUGACAUCCUAUUUUUAACUCUUAUUCACAUUUGAUGCAAAACCACAAAAUUCAUCAUAUCUCACAAU